AUGGCCAGCCCUACGACCACCAUCGCCGAGCUGGUGUCCAGGACUACCGAGUCUGCCGUCGUCUCUUGCACCACUGCCGUGCCCGACGAGAACGGCUACGUCCCCUCUGACGCGUGCAAUGCCAACUAUGGCUUCUACCCCAGCUUUGCCGCCAACUGUGCCUUUGCCGUCAUCUUCGGCAUCAGCUUCUCCGCCCACUUCGUCCAGGCCAUUGCCUGGAAAAAGAGAUUCUGCUGGGUCCUGCUCAUGGGUGUCUCGUGGGAACUGCUCGCCUUCAUCAUCCGAACCGUCGGAAGUAAGGAUCAGCAGAACAUGGGAUACGCCAUUGCCGGACAGCUCUUCUUCCUCCUCGCCCCUCUCUGGAUCAACGCCUUCGUCUACAUGACCGCCGCCCGCGUCGUUUACUACGCCGUCGACGACCAGUCUGUCUGGCGCAUCAAGGCCACCUGGCUGACCCAGAUCUUCGUGUGGAUCGAUGUCGUGUGCUUCAUCAUCCAGGCCGGCGGCGGCAUCCUCAUGUCCAACUCCGGGCCCGAGGCCGACCAGCACCUCAUCGACAUCGGGAAGAAGAUCUACAUGGCCGGCUGCGGCGCCCAGCUCGGCUUCAUCACCGUCUUCAUCGGGCUGAUGGUCAGGGUCUACAUGAAGAUGCGGGCCACCCCCAGCCUCGAAGCCAACAUGUCCCGGGCCAUGCUGCUCUUCUGGGCCCUGACAGGCGUCCUCCUAUUCAUCGUGGUGAGUGUCCGAAAGCCCGACAUCACAAGAAAUAUAAAGCUGACCUGCAAUCACCAGAUGCGCAUCAUCUUCCGCCUCGUCGAGUUCGGACCCGGCGCCGGCUCGGACAACGAGAUGCUCACCCACGAGGCGUACGCCCUCUGCCUCGACGCCCUCCCCAUGGCCCUCGCCGUCCUCCUCCUCAACGCCGUGCACCCCGGCUGGGUCCUCCGUGGCGCCAACAGCGAGUUCCCCCGCGCGACGCGCCAGGAGAGGAGGCAGGCCAAGGCGGAGAAGAAGGCGGCGAAGCAGCAGGCCAAGCUGGAUAAGAAGAUGGCCAAGGAGGAGAAGAAGCUGAAGAGGCGCGGCGACGCGACCUUUGUCGCGCUCGAUAACGAUUCCAGCUCGGUUGAGGAGUUGGAGAUGGGGAUGGGGCCGAGGCAGACUGCGCCGCUGCAGCCGUACAGUCCUUACGGGGGGCAUCAGUCUGAGUAUGCGACCUAUGAGGAUAUUGGCGAUAGCGGGCGCAGGGUUUGA